AUGGAGAGUGCCAAGCGAAAGAUUUCGGUCUCUUAUAAAGAACCACCAUUACCUCCAUUGCCAGAAGGGCUGCCAUCAGAUGCUAGAGAAAAAGCUGUAUGGUAUGCUCAUCAGGAUACCUCACAUUCUGAUACAACAUUAACGAAAAAUCAUCCGUUCUGGAAAACCGAAGAAGCUACAAGAAUUGUACUUGGAGAUUCUGAUGAUGAACUCGAACCGCCGUUAGAUUUGCCUCCGCCAAAGAUUCUAGAUGACGAAUUGGACUCUUCGAUAGAUUCUUUGGUCAAACAAUCUUCACUUGACAAAUUUUCAAACCCAAUCAUCCAUGAUACUUCUGAUAUGCAAAUAAAUGACAGUGAUGAUGACGACUAUUCGCGGCUUGACCUUUCUGUUGCACGAAGAUUUAGCCACGAUUCGCUUUCCGAGUUGGCAGAGCGGCGGUAUAUUUUCCGAAAACUUCCGGAAUUCGAGCGAUCGUUGGACGUGAAC